AUGUCAAAUCCUACUCCAUUUCAUUAUUUUCUUCAAUAUCCUCAACUUCACCUCAUUUUAGAAUGGGUUAGCCACUUCUUCGACCUUCAUCACAUUCGUAACCUCCUAUCUCUUCAUCCCGUUCUGCCGUUCGUAGGCUUGUCCCGCCUGACGCCGUACACUCAUCCUGUUCUGCCAUUCGGAGCCUUCAUCUUGUUCGCUCUCUCAACUCUCGAGAUAUUUGUCCUGUCGUCAAUUAGGGUUCCAAUCGAAGCUAGGGUUCCAAUUCUUGCCCUAACGAGGUUGUCUGGAACGUUGUAUGCUACAUCGAACAUGUAUUUUCCUGAAAUUGUUCGUACUCUGAAGGAAAUUGAAAACUUUGAGAAGAGUAAUGACACAUGUUUGAAGGAAAUGGGGAAACAAAUGAGGGAUAAAUUUGAUAAAUAUUGGGGGUCAAUUAACAAAAUAAACUUGAUGCUUUUGAUUGCCGUGGUACUUAAUCCUAGAUACAAAAUUAAAUAUUUGAGGGUCAAGUAUGCAAUCCAUUAUAAUGAAAAAGAAGCUGAUGAAUUGGUGGAUAAGGUGAUCAAAGCUUUGAGAAUUUUGAUUGAGGAUUAUAGGGUCUUGAAUGAAACUGGAAGAGAGAAUCAACAAAGGGCAUCAAGUAAAGAUGAACUGGAGAGGUACCUGGAAGAAUUGUCGGAAAAAUACCGGGUUGAUUUUGACAUUUUGGCAUGGUGGAAAGUUAAUUUAGUGAGGUAUCCAAACUUAAGUUGUGUCGCUAGAGAUGUUUUGGCCAUUCAAUCGUCGACCGUUGCUUCUGAAUCUGCGUUUAGCACCGGUGGUAGAACUUUGGAUCGUUUUAGGAGUUCUUUAACUCCUACUACAGCCGAGGUGCUUAUAUGCUGCCAAGAUUGGUUACGAAAUGCCAAGACACCAAACGGAGUCGAAGAAAUUAUAGAAGAUCUUGAAAUCCUGGAGAUGGGUAUGUAA